UGUCUGUGUGUGUGUGUGUGUGUGUUUGUAAACUCAUUGAGUUUUAGUAGUUGGGCAAAAACUGAUCUCUAUUUUGUCAAUAUUUUUUUAAUUCAUAGUUUUAUGUUCUUUCUGAGAUGCUAAUAUGAUUUGUUCAUAUGUAUGUUGGUGAGUUAUUGUAAAACAAUUCAUGUGACCAAACAGGUUUAAAAAUGGUCACCGGUUAUUUACCUACUAAUUAUUUCCAAUCUACAUUUAGUCUAUAAAAUUAGUACUUUGUGUAGAAAUAUCUUGAUGAAAAUUCUCCAAACUCUGUUAAAACUUGUUUGUGAUUUAAGGCAGUAGUUAGAGGUAGUCGACAUGAUACCGUGGACCUAGGUUUCGUGCUGUUUAGAGCUCACCAACACCAAGGUGUAUCUGUGAUCUUCAGGAAUUGAUGCUUUCCGGUGGAUUCAAUUUUGUGUCACCCAGCUUCACAGUCAGAGACGUUACUACUUGCUCAUCCGGGCCAUUUCUGACCUCUCUUAGGACUUAAAUGUAUUUACAAUUCAAUAAUCACUUGGUAGUGACCCAUAUUGCUUUCCUUUCAAAUGCAAUGUGUUAUUUCAGGACUACUGGUCAGCAUCGAUUUCUAGCAACACCAUAGUGAAUGAUGUAGUUCAGCUCAUUAAUAACUUCACUUAUUUUGGAAUUUUCAUCUUUCUGAAAUGCUAAUAUGAUUUUUUCAUAUUUAUGUUGUAAUAUGCCUAUAGAACAAUUAUUAGUUCAAUCUAUUGAUGAACUUGCUAGUCAAAUUGAAUUAGCUCAUCAAAAUGGGCGUCAUGUGUUCGUUUAUUUUUCUGGUUCAACUGAUAUGAACACUGGGGAUAGUUGGUCGGAGGAUUGUUGUAAAUGUGAAUCUAUUCUAGAAAGUACGAUUGGAGUUACUAAAGAUAGUGAUUUAUUUUUGAUGGUUGAAGUUGGCAACGAAAAGGAGUGGAAUGAUUCUAAUAACAAAUUUCGAAUUCAUCCACUUUAUCAAGUGAAAGAGUUGCCUACAUUACUAUCAUUAUCAUUUUUAAACGGACAAAAACAUAUAGUUAAUCGUCUUGAUGGUAAAUCAUGCUUAGAUUCAACAAAUGUGCAAAAUUUAUUUGAAGGCAAUUGA